ACGAAGAGAAGAAAAAAUAUCCAAAUAUAUUCAAGAAUUGAGAGAGAGAGAGAGAGAGAAAGAGAGAGGGGAGAGCAGAGGAGUUUUUGGUCUAGCAAAGCAGUCUUCGUCGACGGAGAGAGAAGAGUGGAAAUACCUGCGACUCUACCGUGUACGACAGGAGUUCAUUUCUGCCCCAAAUUUCUCCGUUGAUCAACCACAAAGCCACCACUACGGAUAAUAAUAAGCCAACGGUCUCGCUGACGAGUCCAAAAUUCCAUCCAUCUGUUAUCAAUUUCACUCUCUCUGUGUCUCGACGCAAAGAGAAAUAGAAAUAGAAAAAGAGCAAGGAAAAAAAAAAAAAAAGAUACAAAAAUGGCGGUUGGGAAGGAAGAGGUGCAGGAGAUAGUCAAAGCCCGUACGGAUAAAAGGGAGUACAGGAGGAUUGUCCUCCGUAACUCUCUCGAGGUUCUCAUCGUCAGCGAUCCUGAUACUGACAAGUGUGCUGCUUCUAUGGAUGUCGGUGUUGGGUCUUUCAGCGACCCCGAGGGUCUUGAGGGACUCGCCCAUUUUCUUGAGCAUAUGCUGUUUUAUGCUAGUGAAAAAUACCCUUUGGAGGAUAGCUACUCCAAGUACAUUACUGAGCAUGGAGGCAGCACAAAUGCUUUUACUGCCAAUGAGCACACCAACUAUUUUUUUGACGUUAAUAUUGAUGGAUUUGAAGAAGCUCUGGACAGAUUUGCUCAGUUCUUUAUUAAGCCAUUGAUGUCAGCUGAUGCUACAACAAGGGAAAUCAAAGCUGUUGAUUCUGAGAAUCAAAAAAACUUAUUGUCGGAUGCUUGGAGAAUGAACCAGCUGCACAAACAUCUGAGUUUGGAGGGGCAUCCAUAUCGUAAAUUUAGCACAGGGAACUGGGACACGUUGGAAGUCCAUCCAAAAGCAAAGGGAGUGGACACCAGACAUGAGCUUAUAAAAUUUUAUGAAGCAAACUAUUCAGCCAAUCUCAUGCAUCUGGCUAUAUAUGCAAAGGAUGACCUUGAUAAAGUCCAAGGACUUGUGGAGAGCAAGUUCCAAGAAAUUCGAAACAUUGAUCGCACCUCUUUGCGUUUUCCUGGUGAUCCUUGCUCAUCAGAAUAUCUACAGAUUCUUGUCAGAACUGUCCCAAUAAAGCAAGGUCAUAAGCUGAAAAUUGUGUGGCCAAUUACACCAGAGAUUCACCAUUACCAGGAAGGGCCUUGCAGGUAUCUUGGUCAUCUUAUUGGCCACGAAGCAGAAGGAUCUUUGUUUUACAUCUUGAAAACAUUGGGGUGGGCUACGGGUUUGUCUGCAGGUGAAGGAGAUUGGUCUUUGGAGUUUUCUUUCUUCAAAGUAGUGAUUGAACUUACCGAUGCUGGGCAUGAGCAUGCACAAGAUAUAAUAGGUUUGCUAUUCAAAUACAUUAGCCUCUUGCAGCAGUGUGGUGUUUGCGACUGGAUAUUUGAUGAGCUUUCAGCUGUUUGCGAGACGAAGUUUCAUUAUCAAGACAAGAUUCCACCUAGUGAUUACGUUGUCAACAUUGCAUCUAAUAUGCAGUUAUAUCCCCCCAAAGAUUGGCUGGUGGGAUCAUCAUUGCCUUCUAAGUUCAGUCCAAGCAUUAUUCAAAAGGUGCUUGAUGAGCUUUCUUCAAACAAUGUUCGAAUCUUCUGGGAGUCGAAGAAAUUUGAAGGUCAUACUGACAUGGCCGAGCCAUGGUAUGGAACUGCUUAUUCCAUUGAGAAAAUUACUGGCUCCAUAAUUCAGGAAUGGAUGUUAUCUGCUCCUAACGAAGAUCUGCAUCUACCAGUACCUAAUGUGUUUAUCCCCACUGACUUGUCAAUUAAGAAUGCACAAGAGAAGGUUAAUAAUCCCAUUGUCUUAAGAAAGUCGCCAUAUUCAGUGUUAUGGUACAAACCUGAUACAGUUUUUCUUACUCCUAAAGCAUACGUUAAGAUAGACUUCCAUUGUCCCCAUGCUAGUGACUCGCCUGAAGCAGAAGUGCUAUGUGAUAUUUUUACAAGGUUGUUAAUGGACUACUUGAAUGAAUACGCUUAUUAUGCUCAGGUAGCUGGUCUUUAUUAUGGCAUAAACCACACAGAUAGUGGCUUUCAGGUCACACUAAUUGGUUAUAAUCACAAAUUGCGAAUCUUGCUGGAAACGAUAAUUGCAAAAAUUGCCCAGUUUAAAGUGAGACCUGACAGGUUUUCUGUUAUCAAGGAAAUGGUAAUAAAAGACUACCAAAAUUUCAAGUUUCAACAGCCUUAUCAGCAGGCUAUGUACUAUUGUGCAUUAAUUUUACAAGAUCGUACAUGGCCAUGGACAGAAGCACUUGAAGUUCUUCCUCAUCUUGAAGCUGAUGAUCUUGUUAAAUUUGCUCCUGUUAUACUCUCAAGAACCUUCUUAGAGUGUUAUGCAGCAGGAAAUAUUGAACGCAAUGAAGCUGAGGCUAUGAUCCAAAAUAUAGAAGAUAUAUUAUUUAAGGAUUCAAACCCUCCAUGCCAACCUUUAUUUCCAUCCCAACUUUUGGCAAAUAGAAUCGUGAAGCUUGAAAGGGGCACAAGUUACUUUUAUCCUGCUGAGGGCCUUAAUCCUAGUGAUGAGAAUUCUGCCCUUGUCCACUAUAUACAGGUUCAUCGAGAUGACUUUUUGAUGAAUGUGAAGCUUCAGCUUUUUGCUCUCAUUGCAAAGCAGCCGGCCUUCCACCAGCUUAGAUCUGUUGAACAACUUGGUUACAUCACUGUUCUGAUGCAGAGGAAUGAUUCUGGUAUCCGUGGAGUGCAGGUCAUUAUCCAGUCUACAGCAAAGGGUCCAGCAAAACUUGAUUCGAGAGUGGAGGCUUUCCUCAAGAUGUUUGAAAGUAAACUCUAUGAGUUGACCGAUGAUGAAUUCAAGGGCUAUGUAAACACUUUGAUUGAUGUGAAGCUUGAGAAGUACAAGAAUUUAAGGGAAGAAUGUAGAUUUUACUGGCAAGAGAUUUCUAAUGGGACCCUUAAGUUCAAUAGGAAAGAAUCUGAGGUUGCAGCGCUGAGGCAGCUUACAAAACAAGAUCUAAUAGAUUUCUUCAAUGAAAACAUAAAAGUUGGUGCACCUCGGAAGAAGACACUGAGUAUAGGAGUGUAUGGGAACCCACAUUCUUCCGAGUACGCAGUUGAUAAAAGUGAGCCAGCGGAACCCUACUCAGUUAAAAUAGAUGAUAUUUACAGCUUCAGACGGUCAAAAUCGCUUUAUGGUUCAUUCAAAGGAAGCUUGCUUCCUGUUAAGUUAUAGAGUAUGCCUACAAUCUAUGCCUAGGUUGUCAAUGAGAAAGGUGGCAAUUGAAGAGGAAUCUUCCUCAACUCAUAUACCAAGCGUGUAAGGGUUCCGGGGAGCUCUGGAAACGAUGCCCGAGAAGUUCAUUGACAGAGUAGUUGUUGUUUAACUGAUUUUUAACUUCUUUUUAAACAAUUAAAAUUGUAUUUCACCGUGGAAUAAAAUAAUAUUCUGGAAUUGUAACUUAAUGAGAACAUCAUCGUUUUUGUUUUUUAGUAUAGAUUAUAAACAGUUUGUGUGAUAA